CAUAAGUGUAUGGCCGUUGAUGUGAUCUACGGCGAGGCGGCGGGAUCUAUCGAUCCACGAUCCACAGCGGACUUCCCUGAUCAACAUCAUCGUACGACGUAACCAAUGGCGGUAUUUCGCUGGUAAAAGUGAAGUUUUUUUACAACCUUUGAGAGACUAGUAUAAAUAUAAAUGUUGAUCUCAGAUCUGCGCGGGGACGCGCCGGAGUAACGGCACGUCGUCGUCAUCGUCGUCGUCGUCAUCAUCAUCAUCGCUGGCGGUGUUGGUCAUGUAACAAUCCCCCCUAGACACGUCGUCGCCGUGUUAAACCAAGCGCCAAGCCCACCCGAAUUAAACUUUAGGAUAUCCGUCGAUGUCCACGUAUAUUGUCGUAACGAGGUCGAGAAUAUGAGCCACAGUUGAGCACCGUCGGUGCCGUCGAUAAUCCGUGCGUUCGCGAUCUAUCGCGAGGGAGAUGGGCUUCUCCACGAGCCUGCAGGGCCAGGCGUCGCACGAAGCGCUGCUGGCCCGCCAGGAUGCUGAGAUCAAACUGCUGGAGACGAUGCGCAGGUGUCUCACAACGAAGGUCAAGUCCGACCGAGAGUACGCCUCCACCAUCUCCUCGCUCACUGUCCAGGGGAAGAAGAUCGAACGCGGUGAGGAUCUCGUUGGCAGCCUCAUAGCGCAGAGUUGGAGAGACAUAAUGGACUCUAUUGAUCAAACGGCAAAAUUGAUAAAGCAGCAAGCAGAUUCUAUUGAAAAUAUUGUUGUGGAUCAUUUAAGUACAUUGUACUCGGAAAGAAGGAGGGCUAGAAAGCUGUACCAAGAAGAGCAGAAUUGGUUAAAUAAUCAAUUUCAGCAGCUGACAGAGGAUGUAACUAGGAAAAAGAUAGAAUAUCAAAAAAAUUUGGAGAUGUACAAAUUAAUGAGGUCGCGAUUUGAAGAGUAUUAUGUUAAAUCUGGUAGAGGAGGCCGCAAAUUGGAUGAAGUAAGAGAAAAGUAUCAGAAGGCAUGCAGGAAGCUUCAUUUGACGCACAAUGAAUAUGUACUGCUACUAGGCGCUGUGACAGAAUGCGAACAUGAUUUAAGAACCUGUUAUCUGCCAAGUUUACUUCAUCGGCAGCAAGCUAUUCAUCAAGAAUUCAUAACUUCAUGGAAAGGAAUACUUCAAGAUAUUGUAAAAUAUACAGAUUUUACGACAGAGAAAUUUCUAGAGAUUCAUGUAAGAGUGUUGAAAGCAGUUGAUGGCAUUAAGCCUAUUGAAGAGUAUAGAGAUUUUAUUGGAAAGCACAAAACUAGGCCAGCAUCACCAAUCAGGUUUACAUUUGACGAAAACCUGGUGGAUGACACUUCAGGGAAGUUAAAGUCAAAUAAACUAACUGUUGACAAUUUAACGAUAGAUUGGUUGAGAAGCCGCCUUUCGGAACUCGAAGCUUCUCUCAAGACCACGCAACAAAAUCGACAGAGUCCACAAUUCCCACAGGAAAACAAUAGCGAUUCUAGGAUCUCAGUCUUGGAUUAUUCUCGUGAAAGGGAAGAACUGAGAUUACGGUGUCAGGAGAAAAAAUUACAAAGACAAGUAGAUGUCAUUAGAGGCGCUCUUAAUGAAUUAGGCUGUGAAGAAUUACCUUCGGGUUGUGAUCUUUCUAUGGAAGGUUCUUUCACUGAAUCAACUGCAAAUAAUAAAAAAAAUACAGUCGCAGAUAACGGCUUGUUUACACUAAGGAGAAAUCAGCGGUUCAUGACAAUACUAAAAUCACCUUUUAAAUCUUUGCCGGCAAUUAACGACUCAAAAAACGGAAUGAUUAGGGCAAAUAGCGAAGGGCCUACCAUUAAAGCAGACAAAAAUAUCCCCCCUGUUGUACCAUUACGUGGAAUUUCGCAUUUAACUAAUAAUCAAAAAAACAAUGGAAAUGGCGGUCCUCUCAUGGAGGAAGAAUGGUUUCAUGGAGUACUACCGAGAGAAGAAGUUGUGAGAUUACUUGUCAAUGAAGGAGACUUUUUAGUACGCGAAACAAUGAGAAACGAUGAAUGUCAAAUAGUUUUAUCUGUUUGCUGGGACGGACACAAGCAUUUUAUUGUACAAACUACAUCAGAGGGACAUUAUAGAUUCGAAGGACCCACAUUCCCUUCCAUUCAAGAACUGAUCAGGCAUCAGUGGCUAUCUGGUUUGCCAGUGACUAGUCGAUCAGGUGCUAUUCUUAAGACACCAAUUUUGCGCGAACGGUGGGAACUUAAUAACGAUGACGUCAUUCUUUUGGAGAAAAUAGGUCGAGGAAAUUUUGGAGAUGUUUACAAGGCGCAACUGAAGACUUGCAAGACUGAAGUGGCCGUAAAGACAUGUAAGGUAACGUUGCCGGACGAACAAAAACGAAAGUUUCUGCAAGAGGGAAGGAUACUGAAACAGUAUGAUCACCCGAAUAUAGUCAAACUUAUCGGAAUUUGCGUUCAAAAACAACCAAUCAUGAUCGUGAUGGAAUUGGUGCCUGGUGGUUCGUUACUUACGUAUUUGCGGAAGAAUGCUAGUACAAUAACACAACGGGAGCAGCUGCGUAUGUGUAAGGAUGCCGCGGCUGGUAUGAGCUACUUAGAAUCUAAGUAUUGCAUCCAUAGAGAUUUAGCCGCUCGCAACUGCCUCGUAGGAUACGAAUGCAUAGUUAAAAUUUCCGACUUUGGAAUGUCAAGAGAAGAGGAAGAAUAUAUAGUUUCUGAUGGCAUGAAACAAAUUCCUAUUAAAUGGACUGCACCAGAAGCUCUGAAUUUCGGUAAAUACACAUCGCUUUGUGAUGUCUGGAGUUAUGGAAUUCUGAUAUGGGAGAUAUUUUCUAAAGGUGGUAAUCCUUACAGCGGUAUGUCUAAUUCGCAGGCACGCGAGAAAAUUGAUGCAGGAUAUCGAAUGCCAGCUCCUGAUGGAACGCCUGAAGAGAUUUAUCGAUUAAUGCUGCGAUGCUGGGACUACGAUCCAGAGAAACGACCACAUUUUGAUCAAAUAUAUACUGUAGUUGAGACAUUAUCUCAAGCGUAUUAAAUUAUAAGUAUUAUAUUAAAAGUAUUUUAUUGACUAAUAAGAAGUAUAAAUUGGUGCUAUAACUUCUUGACACUUAUUUUGUAUAUGUACAAGUCAUAAAACUUUAUAAAAAAAUAUACGUAUGCGUGUGUGUGUA